GUCUACCGCUACUCUUGGUUUGCAAGUGUAUCUCCGGAACUGACAAAAGGCAUCCAAGAUGUUUCACAGUACAUUGCGAAAAGCGCUUCUUGCGUUUCCUCUCCUUGCUCUAGGGCAUGCUAUACCCUUGAAUCUACGCUUGGAAUCUCGAGAUCUUACAUUUGACUACAACAACCAAAAGGUUCGCGGUGUCAACCUUGGCGGCUGGUUCGUUCUUGAACCAUGGAUUACGCCUUCUAUCUUUGACUCGGCUGGAGACUCCGCCGUAGACGAGUAUACCCUCAGCGCCAACCUUGGUGGCUCGGCACAAUCUGUGCUGUCGAAUCACUGGAACACUUUCAUCACCGAGGAUGAUUUCUACAAGAUCGCUCAGGCAGGUUUGAACCACGUCAGAAUCCCUGUUGGUUACUGGGCUGUCACUCCGCUAUCUGGAGAGCCAUACGUCCAGGGUCAGUUAGAGGUUCUUGAUAAAGCGAUCAAUUGGGCGCGGAAUGCCGGUAUCAAGGUUCUGGUUGACUUACAUGGAGCUCCUGGGUCUCAGAAUGGAUUCGACAACAGCGGACGCAGAGGGUCCAUUAACUGGCAGCAGGGAGAUACCGUCCAGCAGACGCGCGAAGCGAUUUACAGCCUGGCACAACGAUACGCACCACACACCGACGUGGUAGCCGCGAUCGAGGCAAUCAACGAGCCCUUCACGCCCGGCGGAAUAAAUCUCGACGAAUUGAAACAGUACUACUAUGACGUCUGGGGUGAAGUCCGAGAAGUGAGCAACGACACAACCGUCGUCCUACACGACGGCUUCCAACCCGUUGACUCCUGGAACGGCUUCAUGAACGUAGCAUCCGGCAAAUGGUACGUGAUGAUGGAUACUCACCACUACGAGGUCUUCGAAAACGACCUCCUCGCCCAAGACAUCAACGGGCAUGUCUCCACUGCCUGCCAAUUUGGGUCCCAGCACCUCCAGAACGUAGACAAGUGGACCGUUGUCGGUGAAUGGAGCGGCGCUGUUACCGAUUGUGCCAAAUACCUCAAUGGCAAGGGGAUCGGGGCUCGUUACGACGGCACGUACGAGGGAAGCUCGUAUAUCGGCGAUUGUGCUGGGAAGGCAACGGGGUCGGUGGACGGUCUCUCGGAUGUAGAGAAGGCGGAUACCCGUCGUUUCAUUGAGGCGCAGUUGGAUGCAUAUGAGAGGGUGACGGGCUGGCUGUUCUGGACUUGGAAGACUGAGGGCGCUCCCGGGUGGGACUUGCAGGAGCUUAUUGACAGAGGCAUUUUUCCUCAGCCUGUAACGUCGAGACAGUAUCCAAACCAAUGCGGUUGAUGAGGACAAGUAUGAAUAGUAUGCUACUGAGAUGACAAGUAGUUACAGCGCAGGCAUAGAUUGUAGCUACCUAGGUAGAUAGGAGACCCAUCAGGUCUACUACUAUCAUGU